AUAAAGAAACAUUAACAUUCUUGGAUGUCGAGAUAUUUCGAAAAAUAAUUCAAACAAAAAUUUUGAUAAAUACUAAAAUUUUCUUUUGAUAAAUAAUAAAUGUUUUCUAGAAUUAAUGCAAUUAUUGUUAUAGUAUAUGAAAUUCUACAAAGAAAAUUUUUAGGGUUAGGGUCUUUUUCUUUUGAAAAUUUGUGUCUAUAAAUUCUUCAUAAAUCAUUUAAAAAGCCAACCAUCUUUUCCUAAGAGAGAGAGAGAGAAUAAGGUUCCAAUUUUGAAGAUUCUUUUUGGUUUUUAUUUACAUAUUGCAGAACUUUCUUCCUUUUAAAAAAAAUUUGUUUUGGAUUCGUUUCGUUGCUGCUGAGUUUUUGUUGAUCUCUGGGCUUUGUUGCCCUUUCGCCUUUGAAAUCCAUGAUCUUCAGCAUCCCAUGGACUCAUCUCCAGUGCACACCACUUCUUCACUUCAUGAACAAGAAGAUGAGUGGGACACUGAUGGAUUCGUGAUUCCGAGCUUGGGAAUUGAAGAACCAUAUAAAACUAAAGCUGAUACUUCAGAUGUAGAAACAUCGAAACCGCAUUCGCAUCAGGCCAAAAAAGAAGAGUACAUCUACUUGGGACCGCAUGGUGCACCGCCAUCACAAUCCAGGCAGCAGGAGCUGAAUCCGUCCACUCGUAAGCAACGUUUCAAACAGAAACUAAAGGAAGCUGAUAAAAGGGUCGGCGGGACAGGGCGGGAGAACAAGGUGGAAAAUUUGAAAGAGCUUGUUGGUGGUGGGAAAGCAAGCCCCAACAUGUCCAAGGGUUCCCCUAGGGAUUGGCUAGACCCACAUUGCAAUGAAUCAGAAUUUGAGAAGCCAUACCCUCAGUGAAUCAGAGCUUUCCUUAGCUUAAGAUAUUUAUCGGUGCAAAGUUCGACAUACCAGCACCACUUAUUAUAAGUCUUUAUCUUGUAUGCAAGCGAAUUAUCGAGCUUAUGUAUUUUGACAAUAAUCUAUCAACCAAGCCAUUUGGUUUUAGUACUAAUGAGAAGACAUUGAAAGAUAUAUUUAUAAA